ACAAACACCUGAGGCGCGCGCUCUGACCGCGUGCCAAACUCCAAACCUGUGAGGCGCGCAAAACAGACGGAUGAAUCACAGCCCCUAAUGUGCUCGUUAAGCUCAUCGAGAGCCAGACGUGAUCCAAGAGCCAACACAGCGACUGUCAUUUCUCAAAGAGCCGAUUAUGCAACUUACGCGGAGACACACCUGGAGCCGAAACGGCAGAGUUAACAAGCACAGGAAUGAGACCGGGACACGGAGAGGCUGAGAAGGACAGAAACGGAGCUGCCGAAAAUCCCAGCCCCUUCCCUUCAGACUGACAGGAGCUGAGGUUGCAUCCCGCUGGAUGUGAGUAGGAAACGCAGGACCACUGACAAGAGGGCUGAACCCUCUCGGCUGCUCUGAUGUCACCGAACACAUGACCCAGCCUCUCCAGUAACAGCCCAUCAGGAGGGGAAAAAAGUGUGUUUUAAAGCUUACACGUUUUUGGAUUGCGAGAAUGUCUCAUUCCCCUCACAAACAACCACAGAACCACAAGUGCGGUGCACAAGAUUUCCCCAGGACGACAGGAGGGAGCCACUGGGGCGUAAAUGGUUAAUCAGAGUGGGUCAACCCCAGUCACAGAGACCCAACAAGUCAUUUAGGACUUCAAGGGUCACCACGACCUCCAGAGGAGGAGAGAGCCGAGGAGAUCUACGUGUGGCUAUGGCAUCUAACAGUCUUUUCAGCUCGGUGACUCCGUGUCAGCAGAACUUUUUCUGGGAUCCGAGCACCAGCCGCAGGUUCAGUCCGCCGUCCAGCAGCCUCCAGCCGGUGGCGGGGAAGAUGAGCGAUGCGCAGCAGGAGCAGAACGCGGCGCUGCCGAGACUCCGACAGCACGACAACCGGACGAUGGUGGAGAUCAUCGCGGACCACCCCGCCGAGCUCGUGCGGACGGACAGCCCCAACUUUCUGUGCUCAGUGCUGCCGUCUCACUGGAGGUGCAACAAAACUCUCCCGGUGGCGUUCAAGGUUGUUGCUCUGGGAGAUGUUCCUGACGGGACGGUGGUGACAGUUAUGGCAGGAAAUGAUGAGAACUACUCGGGAGAGCUGCGAAACGCCUCAGCUGUCAUGAAGAAUCAGGUGGCGCGUUUCAACGACCUGAGAUUUGUUGGCAGGAGUGGAAGAGGAAAGAGCUUCACGCUGACAAUCACAGUAUUCACGAACCCACCGCAAGUGGCUACUUACCACCGAGCCAUAAAGGUCACAGUGGACGGACCGCGGGAGCCGCGAAGACACAGACAGAAACUGGAAGACCCCCCUAAACCGCCGCUGUUCUCCGAGCGCCUGAGCGAGUUAGAGCGUUUGCGCCAGACCACCAUGAGAGUUGCCGUGCAAACCCAGAGUCCCCGGCCGUCUCUCAACGCCACGCCGAACUCCUUCAAUCCGCAGGGGCAAACUCAGAUCUCAGAUCCGCGGCAGGCGCAGUCCUCUCCGCCCUGGUCCUACGAGCAGCCCUACACUCCUUACCUGAGCCAAAUGACGUCUCCCUCCAUCCACUCCACCACCCCGCUGUCCUCCACCCGCGCCACGGGCCUGCCCAGCAUCAGCGACGUGCCAAGACGCCUCUCAGGUACGUCAGAUCUCAGUCCGUUCUCGGCCGACCCACGGCAGUUUGAACGUCAAUUUCCCGGUCUGUCCUCCCUCACAGAUUCCCGUUUCCCCAGUCCCAGAAUGCACUAUCCCGCAACCUUCACAUACACCCCUACGCCGGUCACCUCGGGCAUGUCUCUGGGCAUGUCCAGCACCACCCACUACCACACCUACCUGCCUCCGCCGUACCCCGGAUCCACCCAGAACCAAAGCGGGCCCUUCCAGACCAGCAGCACGCCGUACCUCUACUACGGAGCCUCAUCCGGGUCGUACCAGUUCUCAAUGGUGCCGGGCGGAGAUCGAUCCCCCUCCAGGAUGCUGCCGCCUUGCACUAGCGCAUCCACCGGCAGCACCCUCAUCAACCCCAACCUGCCCAAUCAGACGGACGGAGGCGAUGCGGACGGCAGCCACAGCAGCUCGCCAACCGUUCUCAACUCCAGCGGCAGGAUGGACGAGUCCGUUUGGAGGCCAUAUUGAGACGGUCUGGUCGAACGAGACCUCAAUGCAGCACUGUUAGCCUUAAAGACAAAGAGCGAGAGAGAACUGCAUGAAAGAAUCAUCGGAUUAGAAGCACAAACUCAUUGGUACUCAUUGGUACAAUUUUGAUUGGUUGCAGUGUAUUUUUAUGACUACACUGAUGUUUUUUUUCUAUAAAACUGAUGACCCUUACAGGGAAUGAUUUAUGGCAUUAAGGUGCGAUCAUAUUAGCAAUAUUUAAGUGAAAUUUUGCAAAGCAAUGGUAAAUGUGAACGCACCUUUAAGUCUAAUUUAUCUGACAUUCCACUUCAUCAGUGAUAUAACAUAUAAUGCAAGUCACUGAAUUUAAAGGAAUAGUUCAGCCAAAAAUGAAAAUACAUUCACCUUCAUCUCGUUCCAAACCUGUAUGACUUUCUUUCUUCAAAAAGAGAUGUUUAGCACAAUGCUGAUGCUGCACAGUUAGAUACAACAGAAGUGUACUGUCACUGACAUGCUCCGAAAUCCUGGUGUUUGGGGCUUUUAAAUUCCAAAAAGCACCAACAAAUUGGUCCACGUGACUUGUGAGCUCAUUCAAUAGCUUUGUGUAAAGAACAGACCUAUAUUUAAGAGUAAACGAUGCCAGAACGUUUAUUUUUGGAUGAACUAUCCCUUUACCUGUCCUUGAGUAAACUUUCAUUGCAAUAGGAAUGCAUCCACACUAUUGGCGCAGAAUAUUUUUUUACUAACUCGGUAUAAUUUAGAAUUUCUUAACACUGAAAGCAAUUGUUUUUUUUUAUUUAUGCGUGCUGGAAGUCAACUAUUUGAAACAGUACUGGCUUAUUCCCUCUGAUUAUUUUAAUUUAUGUAUGAAAUGGUAGCAAACAGUACUGAUUCGAGAAGCAAUAUAAGCCAUAUAAACUUUAAAUUAUGCAAUGUGUUUAGAGGGACAAAAUUUAAGGCGUCUGAAUAUUAUUUUUAGGACAUCUAUUAAUAACUUAAUGUAAUAUUUACUCAUUUUGUAAUUUAAAUGUUUUGUUAUUAUUAUUGUUCUUGUAAAGCAACCAAAAAGAAAAUCCAAUCAUACGUAAGCAAUGAAGGAAGGACAUUUCAUUGUGAGACUAUAUCCACAAUUAAACGUUUGUGGAUGUUUCUUAUUUUUCUCAGAAUAAAUUCUCAGUCAGAAACGUUACAUAUUAAGCAUUAAGACAUCCAGAAAUGUUUCAGACUGAGUACAUCUGAGCAAGUAACAUCUAUAACAAAAACGAUCAAUAAAUGUACAAAGAUAUGUUACGAGAGUUGACAUGCUGCACUCUCCACUUGUUUGACUUUGGUAUCCAAUGUUUAUCUAGUUAAUUUAUUUUAGAUUUAUUUUUUAUUUAAUGUUUUUCGGUGACUACAAGAACGACCAAACUCUUGCAGCAGUGGCCUAAACCUUUGCAUCUCCAGAUACAGACAUGAUCAAAUCUCACGCAUGCACUUGCAAUAAUAAAACGACCAGUUUCCUUUUCUCGUGCAGAUAUGAAACCAGUACUAUCGUCAGCCUUCUGUUCUAUAAAUGGAUGGUUAACUGCACUUUGUAGGUUAGUUAAACACUAUGCAAACUGUACUACAACGAUCAAACUCAGAAAUGUCUCUUUGCUGUGUGCUAAUGUUCUUGAGGUACAAUAUAAUCAAGUACUUUGAUAUUACUGGCAUGUUAGACAACAGAAUCUUUGGGCUGCAAGACAUUUAACUGAACGGACAAUCAAACUGAGUAGCCUAAAUUACACAAUGGAUGUUUACCAGAAAAGUUGAUCAUCUCCAUUUCUAGAAUUUAUUUAUUGGUCAGCAAUCCAGAAUGAGUUGGGAUGAAAUUAUCACUGACAAAGAGAACAAUUUUGAAACAAUUAUAUUUGUAAUAAUGCGAUUUUCUUUACACUUUGUAGUUGGCGUCUUUGAAGAAUAUUGUGUAUGCUUUUGGAUUCAACAACAAGUGCUACUUGAUGGAAUCGUUGUCCAAAUGUAAGUUAAUAGGCUGCUGGCAGCGCCCUUCUGAAACAAACGUCACUUGUCUUUUUAUUUCUAUUUUUGUUUAGAACAAAGCACUUCUUUUUUUAAAGGGAUGUAAAACAAAAGAAGCCUAAAUGGCAAAAACAAAAACACAAAUGAAUGUCCGGGUUAUAUUUUACUCAAAAAGUUACAUUUAGCAUGCAGAAAAUAAAUUAUAUAUAUUUUUUCCAAUUCAGAAAAACUACUUUAAUGUGAAAACUCUUAUUCCAAAUUAUAGUGAAACAGUAAUGAUCAUAUAAAUCAUUUUUGAUUAAUGUAAAUAUGCAUUUUAUUCACCUUACAGUAAAUAAUAAUUAUGAAAAAAUAUGAAAAACAAAUACCAAACGUGGUCCUAAACUUCAUGCAAAAUAAAAACUGUGAUGAAAUAUAACCUGAACAAGAUCAGUUUUAAGAAAAAUCACCCAAAAUGAAUUGCAUCUCCAUUUAAAAUCAAAGCUCAUGGCAGAAAAAUCUCAUCUGAGCUUAAAACAAGCCUGUAUGUGUGUCCCACCCACAUUUGUCAUUUCUUCUGUACAGUAUUAAACUCCAUUUCUUUGAGUUCGGUAACAAUAACUACACUUACACUGCUGUUCUUAACUGCCCCACUAUUUGAUCUAGCCUUUUCUUUUACCAUGGUGUCUUCUGGUAGUGAGGAGAGCGUUUAUGUUUACAGAAUGUUUACAAAAAGCUGCAAGCAGGUAACUGCAAAUGUAAAGAACCUCUGCACUGUUAACUUUGUAUGAAUCCGUGUUUAACUGCUUCAAUAUGCCUGAUAAUACAAGAACAACAUUGGUCUGUCUUAAUCAAACAUGUCACAGGGCCAAAUAUUUAUAUGCUUUUGGGCUAUGGACUAUGUUUUUCAUUGACCCUUUAAUAUGUAGUGCCCUUGCAAGAGUCUGUUUUAUGGGUCAAUAGCAGAGAUUCCUUCCAUGAGACUAUUUAUAUUCAUUCUAUACAUUAAAAAAAAGCAAUGAGAUUUCAUUUACAUACAGUAUGUUCUGUCAUUAUCACAGACAUACAGAGAGUUUUGUGCUUCUCCUUAUUUGCAAAUUUCAUUUACAUUGCAAGUGUGCAAGGUCAAAUUAAAACAUGAAGAAAACCAAAUGCUUCCGCGACGUCUUUUGUGCUCCAUUAUUGUCGUUUCUGUACUGUUAACUAAAGUGUUUCGUAUUUGAAACCCUGGAAAUCCUGCUAUGGAAAUAUGCAUCAUUUUGAUUGAACACAAUCCUUUUAUUUUGUAAACAAUGGGAGAACGCAUUAUCUCAUUUGUGUCGAGCAUUACUUCCUUGCACAUACUGUACAGAUGUUUAGUUUCGACAAUCUUUCGUCCUGUUUCAUCCAUAAAGUUUGGGAAACUGUAACCUGUUUGUAUGGGACUAACAAUCCAGUAAAAAAUUGUGAGAUUUUCAAGCAUUUCUGAUGAUUGUAUCAUUUGUCUUUGAAAAUAAAAAUGGCUUUUUGUUAUAA